AUGAACCUUUUUCGAAAGCAAAGUCCCCGUCACCCUAGUGACAAUACUUCCAGUAUCUAUAGUCGAUCCACCGACACGGCUAAAGAUGUGCCUAUGACUUGUAUACCAACUACCAUACAAAUCAAGCCAUCUCUCCCUGAGAUCAAUCUGCUAGACCACCAAAUCUCGAUGGCUUGCGGAUCUACCAUGGCCUUGGAAACCACCCGCCCGCGACUGAGAAAAUCCAAAACACAACUCGAGAUGUCGAUUGCAGAGUUGAAGGCCGAACGACUGCAGCAGCAUAGGCAACAAGGGCUUGAGAAUGAUUUUUAUUGCAAGUGUUUUGAGAGCUUCCACAAACUUGUCAGCACCACAAUGGACGCAACACAGAGUCUGGCUCUGCAGUACCAUUUCAACCCUGCAAAUAGUCCUUCAAGGGAUCCACGAUUGAUUCGAGCUAUCGUUUCCUUGAGAGUGGCUCUUGACAAAUCACAGGCCGAGGAAACAAACGCAGAACGGGAAUGGAAGCGGCAGUGGAAGGACUCUUCUGCUAGGCAGUCGUCACUCCAAUGGCUUUAA